CUCUGCGAUUGGCGGCGCGGCGCGUCAUUCCGUCGCGGCGAGGGCCGCACUUCCGCCUCGGUGUCAGCGGCGCCGGGCGGGGGGGUGUUGCUGCGGCGGGGCCGUCGCGGGAACGCGGUGCCAGAGCUCCUGAAAGGGAGACAAGCAAGAUGGGAAAAAUAACAGGAAAAAAGCCUUUUUUUUAAAAAUAACAUGCCACCAGAACCUCUGCAUGGUAACAAAGAUCAUCUGAAACAGCUUGGCAUUUGCAAACGAAGAUCUCGAGAGCACACAAAUACUUAAUUUUUAAAUCGAGCUCAACGAUGCAUUAGAGGAAGCUGGGUUGACUGUGCAGAGAUUUCAUGCUGAAGGAUGAACAGUGAAGAAGAGUUUUAUGAUGCCGUUACGGGAUGGGGAAGAAGACGACUAUGAAAACUAGAGUUACUGGCUUUGAUUCUGACAAUUCUUCGGGGGACUUUUCAGAAGCAAAUCAUAAAGCUGCAGAAAUGCUUGAUCUAGAUCCACACCAAAGCAAUAGGACUGGAAAACAUAAUGGAGAGAGAGAGAUUCAAGAAAAUGGAAUUAAGAGACACAGGACAUCAUUACCUGCCCCAAUGUUUUCUAGAAGCGAUUUUAGUGUGUGGAGCAUAUUAAAAAAAUGCAUUGGACUGGAGCUGUCUAAAAUUACAAUGCCCAUUGUCUUCAAUGAACCAUUGAGUUUCCUUCAACGGAUAACAGAGUAUAUGGAACAUAUAUACCUCAUUAAUAAGGCUUGUAGUCAUGCAAAUCCCCUGGAAAGAAUGCAGGCUGUAGCCGCUUUUGCGGUUUCUGCUGUAGCUUCUCAGUGGGAGAGAACUGGCAAACCAUUUAACCCACUUCUAGGAGAAACCUAUGAAUUAACAAGGGAGGAUUUAGGUUUUAGGUUUAUAUCUGAGCAAGUCAGCCACCACCCACCUAUUAGUGCAUUUUAUUCGGAAGGCCUCAAUAAGGACUUUGUUUUUCAUGGAUCAAUCUACCCCAAACUAAAAUUCUGGGGAAAGAGUAUAGAAGCUGAGCCCCGGGGAACAAUUACAUUGGAGCUGCUAAAACAUAAUGAAGCUUACACAUGGACAAAUCCAACCUGUUGUGUACAUAAUGUAAUUAUUGGUAAACUGUGGUUAGAACAAUAUGGAACGGUGGAAAUUGUAAAUCACAGUACUGGAGAUAAAUGUGUCCUUAAUUUUAAACCAUGUGGACUGUUUGGGAAAGAGCUUCACAAAGUAGAGGGAUACAUUCAGGACAAAAACAAAAAGAAGCUGUGUGUGAUCUAUGGCAAGUGGACAGAAUGCUUAUGGUGCACUGAUCCCACCACAUAUGAAGCUUACAAAAAGAAUGAGAAGAGAGGUGGUGAGCAGAAGAAACUGAAGCCGAGUGAAGAUGUUAUUAAAUCUGAAAAUGAUGAGGCUGAUGAUAUGCCAGAGGUUCAAGAGACAGUGCAGUUCAUACCAGGCAGUAAAUUGCUUUGGAGAAUAAAUUGUAGGCCACCAAACUCAUCACAGAUGUACAAUUUCACCAGUUUUGCUGUGAGUCUCAAUGAGCUAGAAAAGGGUAUGGAAGCAAUAUUAGCUCCUACUGACUGUCGGCUGCGUCCAGAUAUCAGAAACAUGGAAGAUGGAAACAUGGAUCUGGCUAGCAAGGAAAAAGAGAGACUAGAAGAGAAACAAAGAGCUGCUCGCAAGGAACGCGCAAAAGAUGAAGUAGAGUGGCAGACACGAUGGUUCCAUCAAGGCACUAACCCAUACACUGGGACUCCAGAUUGGCUGUACUCAGGUGGCUAUUUUGAUAGAAAUUUCUCAGACUGUCCAGACAUAUACUGAAAUUACUGAACCGAUAGCUCAUCUCAUCUGGACAUCUAGUUACUAGAUUUCAUUCUAAGCCAGUUACUCUGGUUUUGUUAAUAGCAAAAACCAGCUUUUCUAUGUAAAUUUUAACAAAAAUUCUAUCACUCAACAAUCGAGGAUUUAAUUAUCACUAACUUUGGAUUGCCAAAUACUUAAAUACUGUUGCAUUCUUUCCAUAAAGCUGAAAAUGAUCAUGUUUUCACUAAUUUUUAAAGGGACCUUUGGUUCUUCAUUUUUUUCCUAGUUUCUUUGUCAGGAAGGUAUGCUGUAUCUGGUAGAGCUUGUAACAACCUUGAAAACUAUGUAACUUUAAUAAAAUAAAUAGAGAUAAUAUCUUUGUUACUUAGUACAGCAGUGAAGAAUCUGAGUUUUUGGGAACUUGGAAUAGAGAUGAAAAACUAGUACGGUACAAACAUGAUUACAUCUAUUACUGUUGCUAUUCCCCAUGAAGAGAUGUAUGUGGAAUUUUUAGAUGGUAUGUAGCACUACAUGGGGAUUGGAGCUCCUGGCCCCUCUCUCUCUCAAUACGGUUCAAUACUUCAAAGACUUGCAGGAACAAAACACAAAAUGUUAGCUUCUGGAACUGUAGUUCUGUUCAGUAGUCUGUUACAGAGUCUUCACAAUCUUUGGACACUGUGAGCAUUAAACUGUGUACCUGUGAUAAAAUUGCAUAAAACAUAGGAGAAGGGAAGGAUGCGUUAAAAAAGGUCUGCUUUUUCUGAAGUAAAAUGGUGUUCUUAAAUACAGGAAGCUUCAGAAACAAUUGCAGGAAUGUUGAAGUGGUUACAAUGUAAAAUAUAUUGCUUGCUACCACUUGGAGGCUUAGAUCUCCAGCACUACUUUUGGCAGCUUUGGCACUAUGUAUGCUUCUAGACUAAACUUUUAUUUGGAAGCACUUGGUAGACAUAUCCACACACGUUCAUAUUUUGGGGAUGUUUUUGUUUGCAUGUUUUUAUUAGGUCAUGUCUGUUCUGUAUGUUGUGAAAAAGCAGAACCAAUUUAAAGCUGUAGCAUAGUUAUACCUAUUAUAAAUUUUCAAAUUUUCUGUGAGCACGUGCUGUCAUACAAGUGGAAUUUUUUGUUCCAUAUUGAAAUAUCAAAGCCAUAUAAUACUGGAACUAUUUGAACUACAGGUCAUUUACUGUAUUGAUGCAUUAAUUUUCCUUCAAAGUGGUACACUUCUGAGAGGGGGAAGGAGGCUUGAAAAAUUAGGCUGAACAAUUUAAACUAAUUUUAAUGUUGCUUGUUUCUUUUAUGAAAGCUUUUAAUUUAGUAACCAGGCAAAACUGCAGAGUGGCUGCAGUGCAGCUAGGUUUACAGUAAUUCGGACAUUGCUGAUGUUAAGCACCAGCAACUUGAAGAAUUAGUGGAAGAAUUGAUCUGAUUGAUGCCCAGACACAUUUGUGGUUUCAUCCAAAGAUUAGAUUUAGAAUUGCUUCUCCCAGAGGAUUAAAAAACAAAAGAAAAUAAACAUUACCCUGGUGAAACAUUUUUAUAUGAAAUCAUGCAUUUAAAGAUCAGGUUAACUUUAAAUUUGUUGAGAUUUAGCUGCCUUCUUUAUUGGAAAAAUAGGCAAAUUGUAAAAAUUCAAGGCAAUAAGUAAGGGCAUAAUCUGAAAUGUGCUCAUGGCAACUUCAUUCUGUUGCCAGAAAUUGGACUUUACGCUGAUUGCAGUCUUUCAGAUAUAACCUAGACUUGGAAAUAUGGUGCAGACAAAUUAAUAUUUAUUCCUAAUAAGUGUGUAGACACUUGGCUUUUAAAAGACAUUGCUGAUCCUCAUGGGACAGCAUAAAAAUACUUUCAGCUUUUUGUAAAAAUUUAACUUUAUUGGCUUUACAGACACUGUAUUCCCCUUUCUAACCUCACUGUAAGCAGAGUAGGGAAUCAUUUAUGUAGGUGAGGCUUGAAAAGAUUCAUAUAUUAAGCUGGUUUAAAAUUUCACGAGAAUUUAAAACUUGUUUGAACUAAAUAGUAUGUACACUGUUGUAUUAGUGUUUUUAAAACAUUAUGUGUAAAAUGGAAUUGCCAGAAUGGAAAAAUGAUAUAGUAAUUGCUAAAGAAAUACUCUAUUUAUAAGAAGUAACGUACAGGUUAGCAACUCUCUCCAAGUCAUGAUUUAAAUUCAGAAGACCUAACCCCUUUUCAUUAUGCAAAACCAUGAAGAGAUAGUAGCAGCAUGUUUAAUCCAAACUGCUUUAUAGCAUUUUCAGGGAUUAAAAAAAAAAAAAAAAAAAGGAAAGAUUUCUAAAAUAGGAUCAUUUAAUUUUUUCUUUAUCCCCUUCUCCUCUUCCUUUAGUGUAUUGUUUUUUUGGGUAAAAAAUUCUGUCUUGGUUCUGAGUCUAUUCUCUAUGUAGUUUAUUGUUCUUCAUUGAAAAUAUUUAGAAAAUAUUUUCCCACCACUGAUGAAAAGUAUGUGUUUGGCUGGCCAUGAGAUGCAUACUACAAAAUUUUGAUUACUCUGAAAGUGGAAACGUUUUAUUUUAAAUGCAGAUCUCACCUCAGUAGUUUACUUGUCAAAACAUUGAUAACUUUGCACCUUUUAAAAGAAUGUCACUUUUAUAACUUGAUUAAACACUGACUGUAUAUAAAAUAACUGUGUUAGUAUAUGUUAAUAUAGCUAUGUAGAGAUAUCAUCUAGAAAGAAAUUAUAAUAAAUGCUUAACACCCUUUAGAGCUCUAGAUGGUGAGAGAGAGGUUUUUGUAAAGUGUGACUUUCAUACUAGGGCAACUGUUUUGUAGGGCAAGAAAACAGUUGGAGAUUACUCUGGCUUUAUUGCUGAGCCGGUGUCAGAUCACUUACAUUUUGUAUUCCCCUUGAUGCUUAUUAGACAAAUAUGAUUUAAAUUAGAGCUUUGACACCCCCCUCUCUCCCAGAUUUAGCUCUUUUCUGCACAUAAGUGGACUCAAUUCUUUAACAGCUUGUUGCUGUGCAGUACAUUGGAUAUAAGAAAUGUGGGAUGAUAUCAACGUACACUGAGAGCUAUCAUGGCAAAGGACAUGUAGUUGGUGGAACUCAUUUCUGAGAUGCGCAAGGUAGAAGAAAGGGCCGGGGAGUCUUGUGGGAGCCUUCUCACUGCAGGGGAGCCACACAAUGCUCUAGGCUAAAACAAGCUGAGUGUUAAUUGGAGAAGGGGAAUAAGUGGACUUAUACUAAAAAAUUUUAGUGGAAGUGAUAAACUAACUUUGUAGUCAUUGUAUAGCUUCUUUUUCUGUGUCUUUGAGGCAAUGUCACAUUGCAAAUUGGGAGCAGCUUUUUCAAACAUCAAGCAUUUAGAUAAUUACUAGUGUCCAGAUUAAUGAUGACAGGAAGUGUAUGCUCUAAAUUAGUCAGAAAAACAACUAAUUAGCAGUAUUUAUCCCAUUUUAACAAUUAAAAAAUCAAUUCUCUGUUCUUUGAAGUAUAACAUUGAGUUUUUUUUUUUUUUUUUUUGCUGAAAUUUAAAAAUAAAUAACAUUCCCCCAAAUCUCUUCUAAAGUAGAACUGUUGUAAAAGACUUCAGCUCCCCCACUGUAGACAGCUGUGUGUGAUGGAGCAGCUCCCCCACUGUAGACAGCUGUGUGUGAUGGAGCAGCACAAAUGCCCCUCGGGUCCCUCCUAAGUGUAGCCCUUGGCCUCUUCACUGUUCCCUGAUGUCCUCAUGUUACAUGUGAACAUACAUAUUUGUUUAUUAGGCCUCAUGCUAAACACUACAAUAAUUUGGUAAUGCCCUGUAGCUUGCUCUCAUUGAAAACACCUGUGACUUGGGUCAACUGUAUGAUAAAGCAAUAUUUAAAUUAUGUAAAGCUAAUAGUUCUAACACCUAAUUUGAUUCUUGGUAUGUUUUUAUAGCAUGAAAAAUUAAAAAUGCUUAUAUCCAGACUUCCAGUCCACUCUGAUUUAUACUUCUAUGAAGCUGCUUCUUGCCUUACUCGAUCGCUGUUUCCCUGUUCCCUGCCCGGUGUCUGCCUUACCCCCCUUGCAUGAGCGUGUGGAUGAUAAAAAAUGCUCUAGUGAAAUGGAUUUAUUUUUAUAAUAUUUAAUAUCUGUCAAUACCCAUCUCUAUUAACAACCGUUUGGCUUUUUAGAGAAGUCUGUACAGGUUUGUGGACAUACAUGUUAAACUGUAAAGCUGUAAAUCUGAAUAAAGGUCAUUUUGGAGAAGA